CAACCAUUUCACACAAUUGCAGCUGACAAUUUCCAUGCGUAUAUAACUUUGCAGUAUUCUAAAAAAAUUCUACCGACUAGACAAAUCGAUCAGUCGAACAAGAACAUAAAAAACCCGCGCAAGCGUUGAACUUCUACAGACAUCCUGUAUAUGUAAAUGCUUGAUUUCUAACAACGGCUUCAUUCCGCGAUGAUGACCGAAGCAGUGAUCGUAGAAAGUGACAGCAACAGCGAUUACAGUCUUCAACUGAAUCGAUGGUUCCUACAAUCAAUCGGCGCUUGGCCAUCGUCUUCUUCCACGACAAGACUCGAAAAGAUCGUUUCGUUUAUUUUAAACAUCGUUUGCUUAAGCAUUGUGAUUCUCACUGUGAUUCCUAGUUUACUGCUAAUGAUUCUAGGAGACGAAAGCUUUAACUUCAAAUUGAAGAUGUUCGGUUAUGUGAGCCAUUGGAUCUUCAGCGGCAUUAAUUACACAGCUUUGUUAACACAUGGCAAAAAUAUACGACAGUGCAUAGAACAUAUAGAAGCUGACUGGCGAACAGUGACCAGAGAGGAGGAUAAAAACGUGAUGCUGAAGAACGCGAAAUUAGGCCGCUACAUAGCGGGUUUUUCCGUCAUUUUCGUGCAUGGUAGCGUCUUAUGCUUUUUUUUUGCGGCAGCAUUAAGUACAGUGGAGAUGCAAGUUGGAAACGAGACGAGGGUCUUACACUUGUUACCUUGUGCAGUAUACAAGAAUCUGGUGAACGUCGAUGAUAGUCUAACAAACGAAAUUAUGCUUCUCUUGCAAUUGUGGUCCACUGUUAUCGCAAAUUCUAGUACAAGUGGGAUUUUUGGUCUGUCAGCUGUGCUAGCUGCACACUCGUGCGGUCAAUUGAACGUAAUUAUGGUAUGGAUCACUGAAUUUGUUAAUAAGGCCAGAGAAAGGACGAAAACUGGCAAUUUUAUCGAAAUUGGAAUGAUCGUGGAACGACACCUGAGGACAUUGAAUUUUAUAUCGUGUAUCGAGGAUGUGAUGUUCAAAAUAUAUUUUGUCGAGAUGUUCAGAUCCACGAUGGAUAUUUGCGUAAUUGGCUAUUACAUUCUUUCGGAAUGGGCUGACCAGGAUAUUCAGAAUUUGAUUACGUAUUUUAUGAUGCUCAUUUCAAUUUGUUUUGACAUUUUCGUGAUAUGUUAUAUCAGUGAAAUAUUAACGGAGCAGUGCCAAAAAGUUGGUGAAGUGGUUUAUAUGACAAACUGGUAUUAUUUACCCAAUAAAGUAAUCCUAGACUUGAUUUUGAUCAUCGCGCGAUCGAGUACGGUUGUCCAUUUGACUGCAGGAAAAUUCAUUCAGAUGUCCGUUUAUACGUUCGGUAAUGUAUUAAAAACAGGUUUCGCGUAUUUGAAUAUGUUACAGCAAAUGACGAGAUAAAAUGGAAUCCUAGAAAAAGUAUAAAGCGUUUUAAAAAAUUUUAUAUAUAAAGAAUGAAAUAUACCUACGUAUAUUGUAUAUAAUUUUUAUGUUAAAAAUUGAUGUCAGAAAUUGUGAAUUUCAACCGUAAUCAGAAUUGCUUUUUAAUUUGAACAAUCAAAAUUAGAAAACGUCAAUCGUGAAACUAUAGAGAAAUGUGAAAUAAAAUCGAAUCAUGAUACAGUAAGUAUGAAUAUGGAAGUAAAAUUGCCUUUCGAAACUCUAAUUUCGAAAACUCUAAGUAGAAGAAUCAGCAACAAUUCAUACGGUUUACAAUUUCUGGUCGUAUCAUCAUUAUACAGGGUGGUUGGUAACUGGUGGUACAAGCGGAAAGGGGGUGGUUCUACGCGAAAAAAGAAGUCGAAAAUAUAGAAUAAAAAUUUUUUUUAUUUUUUUAUUUUUUUUAAUUUUUCCAUCGAGACAACGAUCUAUAGUGAGAUCCAUCGUAACGAGACGUGGUAAAGUGCACGCGUACCGAGCGAAAAUUCAAAGUCGAUUUUCUCGAAAACAAAGUCUCAAACGAAAAAUUUUUUUCUAUAUU